UUUGGGUUGGGAAAAUUGAGUGAGGAAGUCUCGUGUACUUUUCCUGGUUGGCAAGCAAACGAGUAGCGAAAAUUCCAACCCAAAGCAUACGACACUGACGUACCUGUCGUUUCGAUUUCAACAAAACUCCUUCCCUCUUUCUUCAUUACCUCAUUCCCCACACACCACACUCGCUGCUCCUUUCCACGCUCUCAGGUAAAACAAGAGGGAAAAGGCUGAUUUCCCCCUCCAAUCUGACCCAGGGUGGACUGCUGUCUCUUUUCACUCAUUGAUGCUGUCUCCUUUCAUUUCUUCGCCUAUUUUUUGUUCCUCCCAAUUAAACAGACUUACCUGCGAGAAUGGGGUGGGGAAAUAUUUACAAAAGACGUAUCAGAGUAUUUACAAUGGCCAUAAUAGUAUACCUAGAUUAUAAGGGUGUACAACAACGAGAGAAAUGGACUAGCAAAUCUAGACAAGCUGCAUUGUGGGAGAAGGCUCAUGAGCGUAAUGCUAAGCGUGUUCUAAAUUUGAUGAUAGAGAUGGAAGGCUUAUGGGUGAAAUUUGGGCAAUAUAUGUCAACACGUGCAGAUGUGCUUCCUGCUGCUUAUAUACGUCUCUUGAAGCAGUUACAGGACUCUCUUCCUCCUCGACCCUUGGAAGAGGUCUAUGGCACCAUACAGAAAGAGUUGGGGAAAUCAAUGGAUGAGCUAUUUACUGAUUUUGUUAACGAACCUUUGGCAACAGCAUCAAUAGCACAAGUCCACCGUGCAACUCUGCUCAAUGGACGGGAAGUGGUUGUUAAAGUUCAACAUGAAGGUGUCAAGGCAGUUAUACUGGAGGACUUAAAAAAUGCGAAGUCAAUUGUUGACUGGAUUGCAUGGGCUGAGCCACAAUAUAACUUUAAUCCUAUGAUUGAUGAAUGGUGCAAAGAAGCUCCUAAGGAACUCGACUUCAAUCAUGAAGCUGAAAACACAAGAACGGUGGCUAAAAAUCUUGGCUGCAGAAACCAAUAUGAUGGAAAUACAAAUGCCAAUAGAGUGGAUGUUUUGAUCCCAGAUGUAAUUCAGUCUACAGAAAAAGUCCUCAUUUUGGAGUACAUGGAUGGCAUUCGGUUGAAUGAUUUAGAAUCACUAGAAGCUUUUGGAGUAAAUAAACAAAAGAUUGUUGAGGAGAUUACUCGUGCCUAUGCACACCAAAUAUAUGUUGAUGGGUUUUUCAAUGGUGAUCCUCAUCCCGGAAAUUUUCUUGUGAGCAAGGAAACUCCACAUCGUCCCAUUUUACUUGACUUUGGGCUCACCAAGAAACUAUCAAGCACCAUUAAGCAAGCACUUGCAAAGAUGUUUUUGGCAUCUGCUGAGGGGGAUCAUGUGGCCCUUCUGUCUGCCUUUGCCGAAAUGGGGCUUAAGUUGCGUCUGGACAUACCAGAGCAGGCAAUGGAAGUAACAACUAUAUUCUUUCGUUCGACAACUCCAGCAAAUGAUUACCAUAAAACAAUGAAAUCUCUUGCCGAUCAAAGAGAAAAAAAUAUGAAGGUUAUACAGGAGAAAAUGAACCUUGACCAAAAAGAAAUGAAACGCUUUAAUCCUGUUGAUGCAUUUCCUGGUGAUAUUGUAAUAUUUGGAAGGGUUCUUAAUCUUCUAAGAGGACUUUCUUCCACCAUGAAUGUACAAAUAAUAUAUAUGGACAUUAUGAGGCCAUUUGCAGAAUCAGUUUUGAGUGGGUACAUUAGUAGAGGACCAUCAGUAAAUGAUAAAUGGAUUUUUGAUACACCAGUCCAUUCUGAUGUAGAAGGCAAGCUGAGGCAGCUUCUAAUUGAGAUGGGAAAUAAUGAUAAAGUACUUGGAAUCCAGGUAUGUGCCUACAAAGAUGGAGAGGUCAUUAUUGACACUGCUGCAGGAGUGCUUGGUAAAUAUGAUCCCCGUCCAGUUAAGCCUGAUAGCCUUUUUCCUGUGUUCUCUGUUACAAAGGGUAUCACAGCAGGAAUGAUGCAUUGGCUGGUUGAUAAUGGACAACUAAACCUUGAAGAGAAUGUUGCAAAUAUUUGGCCAGCAUUUACAUCGAAUGGGAAGGAUGCCAUUAAGGUUCAUCAUGUGCUUAACCAUACAUCUGGUUUGCACAAUGCAAUGGCAAACAUAGUUCAAGAAAAUCCUUUUCUGAUGUUUGAUUGGGAUGAAUGUUUAAAUCACAUUUGUAUGUCGGUACCUGAGACACAACCAGGCAAGGAGCAGUAUUACCAUUAUUUAUCUUUUGGCUGGUUGUGUGGUGGAAUCAUUGAGCAUGCAUCUGGCCAGAAAUUUCAAAAGAUCCUUGAAGAAGCAAUAGUUCGUCCCCUCCAUCUUGAAGGAGAACUGUAUAUAGGGAUUCCCCCAGGGGUGGAAUCACGUCUUGCAGCUCUAACUGUAGAUACAGAUGAUUUAAACAAUAUCUCAGCACUUGCUAAUCGUCCUGAACUUCCCUCCUCCUUUCAGCCACAGCAUAUUGCUCAAAUGGCAACUGCUUUACCCGCUGUUUUCAAUACACUGAAUGUUCGCCGUGCGAUCAUACCAGCAGCUAAUGGACACUUAUCUGCCAGGGCACUUGCACGUUAUUAUGCAGCCCUAGCUGAUGGUGGCAAGAUACCACCACCUCAUUCCUCUGCUUCUAAGCCACUACUUGGAAGCCAUCCCCACACCCCCAAAUUAUCUUCUAAACAGAAAACCCCCCAAAAGCGAAAAUGCCUUGGACGGAAGCAACCAACUGUGCCUUCAGUCAGUACUAAUGCUAGUUAUGAAAAGGUUUCUGGUUAUGAAGAUGAAGAGGUUGAUUUGGGCAGCAAUACUAACAGAGAGAGUAGCAGUAGUGAUGAUGCCAGUAGCAGCAGAAUUGGUAAUAAUCUGAGAACCCAUGUUGCUGGUAAUAAGGUCUACAGGAAUCCUAGGAUUAUUGAUGAAUUCUUGGGUUCAGGAGAGUACAAAAAUUUAGCUUUGCCAAGUGGAGGUUUUGGCCUAGGAUUUAAGAGGUAUAGUUCUAAAGAUGGGUCAUCCGUUGCCUUUGGUCACUCGGGAAUGGGUGGCUCCGUAGGGUUUUGUGAUGUCACCAAUAACUUUUCUAUCGCUGUGACACUCAACAAACUGUCCUUUGGAGGUGUCACUGGAAAAAUUGUCCAUCUUGUUUGUUCAGAGUUGAAUAUUCCUGUUCCGGAUGAUUUCUCCAGAUUCAUGGUUCAGCAAAGAGGACCGGAUAUAGCGAGGCCCAUAAUUAAUUGAGGGUGGAAGGUUUUUUUAACCCCUUUUCCAUCAUAAUUUCGUGUAUAAUUUUAAAUUUUACGUAAGUCCUUGAUGAUUAUAUAUAUACCGUGAAUCUUUUGUGCCUUAUUUAUUUUGGCUGUUGUGCUUUGGAUAUCUGAGGUAGCUAUGUUCCCCUUUUGUUCCCAAGAAUAAUGCAUGUAAUUAUAUACCCGCCAAGUUGUAAUUUUAAUAAUCUAAUUUAUCAGAACUGUCUAGUAUUUAUGAUUUUU